CUCUCUCUCUCUCUCUCUCUCUCUCUCUCUCUCUCUCUCUCAUUUCAAGAACUUGUCCUUUGAUAGUUUCUUCUGAUAGUUGAUCACAAAGCUUUGAAAUUUGUUUGCGGUGAGAAAAAAAGAACAAAAAAUAAUCAAAGAAAGGGUCAAAAUGAUUUGGCGCGAGAAUGUUGCUUCACCGGUCCUUAUUUCUUGAUUAUGUUCUCAGUUUCGGAUAAAAUGAGGAAAGAACAACAAGAUUUUGUGUGGGGCUUGCUUGGAUUGAAGAAAUUGUUGAAGGGUCGACCCCCAUUGCUCAAUCAAGUGGCGGAGCUUUCUUUUCUUUUUUCUCAUCUUCUGUUUUCAUUUACAUUCUGGAGCUUUCCUGCAUUAUUGAGCUCCAUAAAAACAGUUGAUUUUGGUUAAUUACUCAAACUUCAUUUUCUAUCGGACAAACCAAAACAUUAAUGAGUGUUAUGGCAGUUGCUCAAUUCACCAAUGGACCUUGCUGGGGUGUGGCCGGUAAGGAAAGGGAAAGAAGGCCAUUUGUGAAUUUGGACCGCGAAUUGCCCUUAAACAGAUCGGAAGUCGCUCAAACUGGUGGCCACUCCUCGGUGAACAAGAGGAGGGUAUCAACCUUCGGUGGCGUUUCUAGGCGCUGCCGGUCAAUCAGUGAUCAGCAAGCAUUGGAUUUUGAAUUGCAUACGGAUCCUUAUCUUGAAGAUAUCUCGGCGUCAACCAAUGGAAGUGCACUGCAUGAUGAGUCGACACAACAUUCAAAAGACUCCCAAAAUCUCCAGACUGAGCUGAUAAUGCUCUCUUUACCUGCAAUUGCUGGACAAGCGAUUGAGCCUUUAGCACAAUUGAUGGAAACAGCUUACGUCGGUAGACUUGGACCUCUGGAGUUAGCAUCAGCGGGCGUUUCGAUGUCGAUCUUCAACAUCGUGUCUAAGGUCUUUAAUAUUCCUCUCCUAAGUGUUGCAACUUCAUUUGUGGCUGAAGACAUUUCAAGGAGUGCAGGCAACAAUUCAGCUCCAGGUGGUCAGCAUCAAAACGGAACCUAUGAAAGGAAGGAGCUGCCUUCAGUAUCUACUGCCUUAUUAUUAGCUCUAGCAAUUGGUGUCUUUGAGGCACUGGCUUUGCACUUCGGCUCGGGAUUGUUUCUCGACAUGAUGGGCAUAUCAUCAGGUUCGUCUAUGCGAGUACCAGCGGAACACUUUCUCAAAUUAAGAGCUAUCGGUGCUCCGGCUGUCGUCGUGUAUUUGGCCGUUCAGGGCAUAUUUCGUGGCUUCAAGGAUACAAAAACGCCCAUUCUGUCUCUAGGUUUGGGCAACUUUUCUGCUGUAUUCUUCUUUCCAAUGUUCAUGUACUAUUUCCGCUUCGGUGUGACCGGUGCUGCCAUUUCUACAGUUUUGUCUCAAUACAUUGUUGCCUUUUUUAUGAUUUGGCAUCUUAACAAGAGGACUGUCUUGUCACUUCCUAAUGCACACAAUUUGCAUUUUGGCGACUACCUGAAAUCUGGCGGCUUUCUUCUAGGUAGAACUAUAGCUGCUGUGAUGACCAUAACUUUGAGCACAUCUAUGGCUGCUCGUCAGGGAGCAUUAGCCAUGGCUGCACAUCAGAUAUGCUUGCAAGUCUGGUUAUCUGUUUCCCUCCUUGUCGAUGCUCAAGCAGCAGCAGGCCAGGCUAUGAUUGCGAGUUCAUUUGCAAAAGGUGACUAUAGCACUGUAAAGAAAAUUGCAUUCUUCGCUAUUAAGACAGGACUAAUUACCGGUGUGUCCCUAGCUCUGUUGUUGGGGUUGUCAUUUAAUGCUUUAGCAACUUUGUUCACCAAGGACGCACAAGUACUACAAAUUGUUGGAUCAGGCUUAUUGUUUGUAAGCGCCAGCCAACCGAUCAAUGCUCUGGCUUAUAUUUUUGACGGUCUCCAUUACGGUGUGUCGGACUUCUCAUACGCAGCUUGGUCUAUGAUGGCCGUGGGUGCAUUAUCUUCUGUGUUUUUGCUCUACGCUCCAUCCAUUGUCGGUCUUUCGGGAGUCUGGUCUGGAUUAACUCUUUUCAUGGGCUUGCGCACAUUAGCCGGAUAUGCAAGAUUAAGCUCAAAGGAAGGUCCAUGGAAAUUUUUGCACGGAGACGCCUAUAAGUUGCAGGUUGCCAUUUGAGAUGAGAAUCAGGAGGAGACCUGUAUUGGCUUCGUUUUCGUUCGCCAAGUUUCUUCUUGGUUCCAAUGGAGUCACACCACCGUUCACACUAUGCGUGGCUCUUGUAUAGUUUAUAUAUAGUUCUUGUACUCAACUCUUCGUACCGGAUGAGUUCGCCACUCCUGCAGCAUUUGAAACACGCUUAGUAACAUCGGUAAGGCCUCAAUAUGUCUCAAUUCUCUCCCCGAAUUACUAUCAUCAUUGACUAUUGUUGCUUUGAAUGUCUGUGCUAAUUAGAUGCUAUGUAGUCUGUGAAUUUACGUUACAA